GCCGGGGCGGCAGGGUCGGGGAUGCGGAGGAACGGCUCAGCUGGUUGCCCUCCGUUCGCCCUCAUGGAGGGGCCGGGGCCCGCGAUGGGAAAGAAGAUGGAGGCUGUCUCCCUUUUCCCAGGGUCCCGCUCCUGAGUUCUCCGGCACCACCUCUGGUGAGAGAACCCAGCCGUGAGGACACUUUGUGACCCGGGAGCCUGUGACACCUGCCGUGGGAAGCCAGCCGAUAACGCCCAGGAUGGUGGAGACCAGGGACCUGGUGCAGCUGCGGCAGCUCAACCUGGAGCUCCUGAGGCAGCUGCAGGCCGGGCAGGAUGCUGUGCGACGGGCUGUGGCCAAGGCAGCCUCAGAGUCAAGCCGGGACCCCUGCAGCAGCAGCGACUCAGAGGUGCCAUCCUCCCAGGAGACGUCAGUAGCCUUCAGGGCGGCCUGCCCACAGGAUGCCAACCAGAGUGACCCCUGUGAUAGAUCCUGGCUUGGUGGGGCCAGUUCCAGGGUGAUCUCUCUCCCACCUGCCAAGCGCCACCACCAGGAGUCCCUGGGCCCACAGAGAUCCUACUCAGCUCCCUUGCUGGCUACCUCAGACUCCAGUGACCCAGAGCUUUCAGCAGAGCUGGAUGACCGAAGAAGCCGGGAGGCACAGGCUCAGGGGUCCAUCCUGGCUUGACAAAGCAGGGAAUCGUCCGUGCCUGAGACCCCCUUCAACAAGGAGUCUCCGGUGCCAGAGAGGAGCUGGCGCCUCAGACCGUACCUGGGCUAUGAUUGGAUUGCAGGGUCCCUGGACAACAGCUCUCCUGUCACCAGCAAGCCCGAGGCCUUCUUCUCCAAGCUGCAGGAGUUCCGGGAAGCCAACAAGGAGGAGUGUAUUUGCAGUGACCCCGAACCCCAGUUCCCAGACCUGCGGGGGAGCGGCGCUGUGGAGAGGGACCACGAAUGUGUCUACUGUUACCGGGUCACCCGGCGCCUGUUUCUCGUGCCUUCGGAUCCCGGCGCCCCUUGCCGCCUGUGCAGGACGCCACGGGACCAGCGGGGGCCUGGGACCCUGGCGGAGCCAGUGCAGGUCAGGGUGAGCAUCCCGCUGUCCAUCCUGGACCCCCCGCAUCGGUACCGUAUCCACCGGCGGAAGAGCUUCGACGCCUCCGACACGCUGGCCCUGCCCCGGCACUGCCUGCUGGGCUGGGACAUUCUCCCUCCGAAGUCUGAGAAGAGCUCAGCCCCCAAGAGCCUGGACCUCUGGUCCUGUGUCUCCAAGGCCCAGCACCGGAAGCUGUCGGCUGCCGCCACGUCACACCUGGCUGGGCCAACACGGGUCCCACCUCCCAUCCCAAUCUGGUCAGAACCCUCAGUGUCCCCUCCCUGUGCCCCCCGGCCAAAGCCCUGAGGACUGGCCCUUUGGAAGAGGACAGCGGCCUGGCCAUCGUUUCAGCCUCUGCCCUCUGGCAGGGGUGCCCCCAAGAGGGGAGUCCUGGCCAGCCUCAGCUGGAGGUGGGCUCAGGCCCCACCUUCCUAGGCUGGGCAGGUGAAUGGAUCCAGGCUUGGUCCUUCCUGUGGACAGAGAAGUGGACCCCAGGGUCGGGGUGGGGGAUGCUGUGACACAUUUGUAAAUAAAGUUCAGUGCUCCCUGCA